UAUGAGUAGUAAAUAUAACGUUCGUGUUAGACAUUGAGGAUGUACGACAGUUGCAUGUGCGGAUGAUGAACGACACUAGAAGCGGCGGUCGUAGGGGGCGAGGACACCACCGCCCCCGCCAAGAGUUGGAGCAACCCGCCUGCUUGGGGCUCCACUGGCUGUUGUUGGAGGGCCCGGUCCAGCUGUUUUUGCUUGUCUUUGUACGCCUUAUCAUACGCAUGGCGUUUGUCCUUGUUCUUCUCCCUGUAGGCCCGGGCUCGUUCGAGGAUCUUGUCGCGAUUGGCUUCGAAGUACCGUUUGUGGCGCUCCUUCUCCUUGUCGCGGUUGUUUUCCCGGUACUUUCGCUUGUGCUGCAGAACUCGGUCGCGGUUCUUCACGUGCCAUUCGCGAACGUGAUCCUUGUUUCGGGCGUUGUACGCUUUGCGCUUGAGUUUAUUCUUUUCAUACCACUCCUUGUAGUAUUGGCGUUUUGAGGACGAGGUCCCACUCGGGUCGACGUCCAUGGAGGGCGACACGGUACUCGUUGCGGCGUUGGGGGUCGCCGGGGUGCAAGGGGGGGUGGUAGGGCACGUGAUGGACAUGAUAGGAUUGCUGGAAA